UCAUAUUCAGACUUUGAGGUUUGUGUUGUGGUUAUAUGCGUCAAGCAGAAUCUUUCCAAAACAAAAGCGCUCGUUGAAAAUUGUGAUAUAAAACAGCUGAGAAUGAUGCUUCUUACUGCGUAAUGGCUUCUGCGUCACUUACUACGCAAUAUCGUGACCGAGACCUUGAACUGCACAUAUGUUGUUCUUCAUGUAUGCCAGUACUACAAAUUCUUGAGAAUUUUUGUUGUUUAGAAUAUCGUUCUACAGCCGCACCAACCUUCCGUAUAAUCCGUGAGGUCUACGAAAGCACUAAUGCACAUGAACGCUUUGAAGCUGAACUGGAUAAGGCGCUGGAGGCUAAGGUGGAUUAUAUAAUUAUCGAACCACCAAAGUUGGGUGACGAGACAGCACGUUGGAUAACUGUAGGCAAUUGCUUACACAAAACAGCAGUUGUGUCAGGAGUAGCUUCGCUUAUAUCCAGUUUAAUAUGGCGGGACCGACCAGUCAUCGCUGCGCCUAUGUGCGCUAUAUCGCUCUUCUGUACAGGUUUAUACACAGUAUCAUGGAACUAUGAUCCUUGCUGUCAGUAUCAGGUGGAGAGAGAUGAUGAAAUUCUAAGCAAAUUACCUCUUGGAGAUGUGUCAGCGCCUAUGAUCUUAGGCUAUUCACCCAAUAACAAAACCAAGUACUUGCAUCGCAGCGUUACUUUGUUCUCCGCAGCAUUCUGUGCAUGGCAAAUCUGGCGGUCAUAUAAGUAGCUAGGCUUACAAGCAAUCAGUCGCGUAGUCUGAGCAGAGAGUUGUAUGCUUUUUUAUUUAGAAGAAAAGUAGCUUAUCAAUGCCACACUCAAAGUACUGCAUAUGUUUGUAUAUUUAAUAUAUGUACUGUGUGCGAACACGCCUCUACGCUCUCACGGCUAUGCCAUAAACACCAACAGUACCCAAAACUCCACAAAAAACACAUAUGCACAGUGAUGAAUUAACAAACUCAACGGCGGCGAUAGCAACUGUAUUAGCUCAGUGUGUUGUAGUAAUUAAAUGAAUAAGCAUCCCAAUUUUUUCCCUUUUAAAAUGCAAUUAAACUUUUAUUUUAUAAUAACUUUUUUUUUACAAGUAAUAAGAAUGAAGAUAACGUUAUAACGCGUUAAUUUAAAAAUGAAAGCAUAAACAAAAUUUAUGGGAUUAAUUUGGAUUUGUAGUAAAUUCUUAUUUCAAUAUAUCGCCCAAAAUGACGAUUUGUUAAUACAAUGUAUGUUUGUAUAUGUAAGGGGAAAUUUAUUCAAAUAAAUUAAUUGUACAAUUAAAAGUUUCGCUUAGCUAAAAGUUUAAGAAGACAUGAGAACCAAAACUAAAUUGAGCAUUUUUGCAAUUUUAAAUCAAUUAGUUUUAUUUAAUAUUUUAUAAUAUACAUAUGUAUUUGCUAACGUGCUGCAACGUAUAUUCUCUUCAUUUCAUCAUAACUAUUUACAUUUUUUUAAGUUAUUUUAUUUUAUUUUUUUAAAGACAUACAUAUAUAAAUUGCACUACUUUCUCUGUCAUCAACAUUGUUCUUAGCGAUAUUUUAUUUUUUUUUUGUAAAAGUAGUGGCAUUCAGCAGCAGCAAUAAACGACAUUCGCAUUAAACGACAAGUGUAUAAUAAUAUAUUCUUUUAAUCGUUUAGUGAUAAAAAAAAGAAACUAAAACUUUAAGUAAACAAGAAAUUAAAAAAAAAAAUAAAUAAAAAAACAAAUACAUGUUUAGCAAUUAAAAAUCAAAUGACCUAUUGGAAUCGGUUAAGAAACGUACGCGUUUGUGUUUCACUUAUGUAUGUAUGUAAAUUGUUACAAUUGUAAAAUAUUCAAAUGUAGCUAAGACAAAGUCAAAUAACGUAUAAACGAAAA